CACACAGUAAGUAAAUUCUAUACACCGUGUGUACAAGUUCCUCGUGGCUCUCCAUGCAGGCAGUGAAAUGGACACCAUCAGGGCCCUUCGCGCUUAAAACAAUGCUGUCGGCGAUAUGACGUCCUCUUUACCCGCAGUCAGAGAGAAGAUUUUUAUCCUCUCAUCCAUCGCUAAUCUACAAUGGCCGAGGAAGGCAUCGCUGCCGGAGGUGUGAUGGAUGUCAACACGGCUCUGCCUGAAGUGCUGAAGACCGCACUCAUCCACGACGGUCUGGCCCGCGGUAUCCGUGAGGCCGCCAAGGCCCUGGACAAGCGCCAGGCUCAUCUUUGCGUCCUGGCAGCAAACUGUGAUGAGCCCAUGUACGUCAAGCUGGUGGAGGCUCUCUGUGCCGAGCAUCAGAUCAACCUUAUCAAGGUUGAUGACAAUAAGAAGCUUGGUGAGUGGGUUGGUCUGUGCAAGAUCGACAGAGAGGGCAAACCCCGCAAGGUGGUGGGCUGCAGCUGUGUAGUCAUUAAGGACUAUGGCAAAGAGUCGCAGGCUAAGGACGUCAUUGAGGAGUACUUCAAAUCUAAGAAAUAAGGCGCCAAAUAAAAGAUCUUUUGGAAAUUA